AUGGGCUCACUACCGUCAGAAAGUGACCGACGCGUUGCGGUGGAUAGACAAUCAGGCACCGUAGCAUCUUCGUCCUGCCACGUCCCAAAAGCUGCUACGACGUCCUAUGGGAAGGUCAAAAGCCCAGAAAUUGCCCUUAAAUCGAGCCCGACUCGGCAAAUCGCCAUGACGCUCACUGGCAUCCUGAGUGGCACUCUUACAUGCAAAUCGUUCUAUAAGCUAUCCAAGUUGAAGAUCCUGUGGAUCUACGCAGUUCGGGAUUCAUACCGUCGCCAUGGCCUUCAGAACUUCGUCUCCCAAUUCUCGCUCGAGAAGAUGUCACUGGAAGAACUUGAGCGACUUGCUCUCUCUCCUUCCCGAUUCUUGGACUGGAUGAGACGCGCACACUCCAAGUUCAUCCCAACAUUCGAGGAUGUUGCAAUCGUGCGCCCACCACCCCCUUGCGCCACCGAAUUCGACUGCGCCUUUAUGGUGCCUGGAGGCCGCUUUCUGGUGACCACUUCCCGGGACAAGGCAUAUUUUGACGAUGGGGAAACUGUAGCCUGCUUGUGGGACCUGGGGUUUGGGCAGAGUCAUCCUAUCAAAUCUAGUCCAGUCGCCCACGUCUUACUCCCAAAGGAGUUCCGUACUACAGAUAUCGGCGCAACAGCCUCAGGUCAUAUCGUUCUUUGCGGCGUGGAUGACGCCGUUGAACGACAGUGCACCAUUUACACGGUAGACAUUCGCAAUCCGUUGCAAGGCUUUCGACUAGAAGCGCAGCUCGACAAUACUCCUGCGCCCGAAGAGCACGAGUUGUUGUAUUUCAACGUCUCGGGAGAUUAUAUCUGGAUGACAAGGAACCGAGCGGAAAACGAUAUCAAAGUGGUUGAAAUCUUUGUUUGGAACUAUCGCUGCGACGGUGCGGCACUCUUAAACCCGGGGAUGAUCUCAAUCGAUUGGGUUUCGAUUUUUGGAGAUACCCUGGUGACAGUCCACAGAAAUAUCCAAUCGUCCGUGAUGGAGAUUAGGACGUUCGAUAUACCGCUCCGCAGGAGGGCUGAUUUUUCCGACCUCAACGACCUCCCCAGCGUCAGAGUCACCGACAAGUCAACCCUGCGUCAAGAAUUCGAGUACGGGUUUGAAGAGGCGAACGAAGCCCGCGUGCUUUUUUCGCCGAAUUGGGCGGUUUCGGACGAGGGGACGCUGCCUGCCGUUGUGGUCAUGGAUGGCGAGGGCGAUGGCGCCGAGGUCUAUGAAGAGGAGGACGAGGAGCUUUCAUGGGGUUUGGAAGUUUACGCGAUCGGAGUGGAUACGGUGGAGGGGGGCGGCGACUUGAAUAUGGAGGAAGGAUCAACAGCUCAAACUCCUAGUACUACGUCGAGGCGCAUCGGUUCUACCGGGAGCUACACGGGGCGGGGGCGCUACACUGUGGAGUCAGAGGUCGACGGUCCUUUUCCUUCUGGGAGCAAUAUCGCCUACGCCGACAACCACCUUUUCUUCUUCAGCGGGCAGGCGAUCCAAGAGCUGCCCGAGAUACCGGCUGCGGCUGUUACAGCGGUGCCCAUCUCUAGACGCGGUUUGGACGCCGGAGAGCCCCUUGCUUGCUACACGUUCUAUACGGACCUUGGGAAGCACUGCGAUCUUCCAAUUAUCAGUAUUUGUGCCAUCUGUCCGUUGACCGGCCGGAUGGCUGUCAUUAGGGCAGAUCAUGAAAACGAGGAGGAGGAGAUUCGUAUCAUAGAUCUUUUGGAUUCGGAUAUUCCAGAUGAUUCCGAGGAGUAA